AUGACCGGUCGGAUCGUACUAUCGUCGUACGAAUCACUUCGCGCAGCUGGUACCAGUAUUAUAUGUCUUUCGCCUUGGGGGGACUCCUCACCGCUUUCCUUGCCCUGUAUACGCUUUCGGGACAUCGCGGUUCACACCGUGAUCGCAGCGACUGGAGGUAUGGCCGCCGUAGCUGCUCCGGUAAUGGGUCCAGUAUCCGACCUCGUCGUGGGUUCGCUCGGUGAUUCCAUCCUUGUUGAGAUAGGAGUGCACACGGGUUUCGAGACUACCACAAAGAUCGCAAAUGACCUGAUCAUCGAUAAGACACUGAAGCACAUCAUACCGAUACACUCAAAGAUGCUUGAGACUACAAAUGUAAAGUCCAUCCUUAUCACGCUCAAGUUCAAGCAAACAAUGGAGGAUGCCGCUCUUGGUUUUUUCAGGAGUAGUGUACAUAAGGAUCCAUCUCUUUUCUCCUCUGUGAUAGAUUACUUCUCUGUCGAUAAAGGAUGGUUUUCACCUUACCUUUUCGCCAGUUCGCGCCGACCUAUCAUUCCCCGUACGAUGCAACCCGAUGUUCUCUUUUGUCACGGCCCAUUCCUUGAAGGAGAUUACAAAAUCGGCGAGACGCUCCUGAAAGAAUCAGCGUCAGUAAUCAUAUUAACAAGCGCUCCUCUUUCGGGGGUCAAGACCAUUCAAGCCGAAGAACCCUCACGUUUUUCUCUCUCAAAUCUGAAUAUACCUUCUUUGUCUUUGUCUAACCUUCUUUCUCGCUCUCGCAGCCCUUCUCCAUCACCGGAGUCAGGAAAGGGUGCUGCUGAGGGUGAACCUACACCUCAGCUUACUCCUCUCCCGGUGCCUCCAUCUCCGAGGCGCAUGGUGAUUGUUCUGAUGGGGUUGAAGCCUCACAGGAAGCUUUGGACGACCAGCGCGCGCCCAGGAGAAAGCGUCAUCAACUAUAUCCUUUUCAAUGGCUGCCCGGCUAUUGUGGUUCCCGUCAAAGUCGGCGCACCGCUCUUGGCGUGGGACGCGCUCACCUUAGAAGAGCUAUGGAAGAUAGAACUUCCUCCCGAAGGAGGUGAAAGCCAGUCCGGGCAGUUCGAAGGAAUUGUCAGUGUGCUCUAUGAAUUCUUGGAUUUGUGUGUCGAUUGGAAGAGGAUUAUUCUGGAUGAAGAAAGUUCAGACUGUGACGAAGAGGAGGGAAGGAAUGUCCUCAAGGUUUCUUUGACGUUGCUACUAGCAGCGGCCGUUAGGAGCAAGGACAGCAAGGAAGUUGUGAAGGAAGUUGACAAAGAGCGGAGUGGAUUUGCUAUGUGGAGAAUCCCUUAA